UUUACUCCAUACAAAGAGAGAGGCCCUGACCACAGCUAAUAACCAAUAACCUUGCCUGAUGUGAUCAUUAACCCUGUUAGAAAAUACGGCAGCUCUGUUCAGCUAGGGGCUUGCCACUAGAACGUGAUUUGUGCCAGACACAGUUGGCAAACUUAAGUCUUUUAUUUUAACCAGUGCUGGGGAAAUCUAGUUUCUGUCUGCUCCAGUUCAAUCGCCACGGAAGGAAAAAUCAAAAUGAGAUUUCAGCACCUCUUCCACAUCAUUUUCGUUAUAUGUGCAAGUCUUCUGCUGAUCAGUGGACAGAAAGCAGGUAAAAGAUGGAGGAGGAAAAUGCAAAGGCACAAGUGUUUGCAAAGAAGAUGCAUGCCUCUGCACUCAAGAGUACCCUUCCCUUAAGAUCUAGCUCAUGUGAAACACAAAACAAGUGGCUGAAGGAACUAGAUGUCUGCAAUGGCAACAUUUUGUCAACUUUGUGGUGGGAAAAAAAGAGCAAAGAACUGUUAUUUCAAUGGAAUCAGAUUGGAAAGAUCCUGCGUGCUUAACUGGUGAGCAUGUGAUCACUGGAGACUUGGACAAAUUCACCGUUUCCAUAUUCCAAGUGGAAAUGCAGAAACCACAGAAGGCAACGUUAAGAGGUCUUUGGCAAGAACUGUAAAGAGAAUACCUUCCAGAUAAACCUUCCUAUUGUUUAGGGCAAAAGAGCAACCAACAUGGCUACAGUUCACCUGUUACUAUAAUUUAAUCAGUCAAGUGCAUAAUUCAGUAUUUUAUCCCCAAAGGAUCAUAGUGCAGCAAUCUGCAUUUCAUUUAAAAGGAAACUUCAUCACUGUAUUGUAAAAUAAAACUUAUUUUGUCAACUGUAUUUCAUUAGUGUUGUAAGUACCUGUAUGUUUUAAGACAACAUGACAGGAGGAGGGUGAGUGAUUAAGACUAAUAGGUACAGAUUAAAUGUUUGAUCCUUUAAAAAAUUAAAAAUGAGCCCAUUGCCUCUGAAAAUCAUGAAGAUUUGCUUUUAAGAAGGAAAGCACCAUAUCCAGAUACCCAGUACCCUGCCACAGGGCAUUGGGUACAUAUAGUCAUUAGAAAGGAUUUGCAUUUUUAUAACUCCCUUCAACAAUGCCAUUAGUUUUAAAUGCUUUUGGGCAUCCCAAGAUCGUGAAAGGCAAUAUGACAGUAAAUCAAUGCAAGACUGUCUUUCCGAAGGUCAGAAUUCUAUUUAAAAAACAAUGCGUGGGACUAUGCCAAUGGAAUAAAGAAAUGUUAAGAGUUUUUAAAAGACAAUGUCUAUGGCUACAAUGAAGUUUAUAAAUGUUAAGUUGGAGUAGGCUGUACUAAUAUAGGAUAUGUUUACUAUAACUUGACAUCUCAUUCCUUUUCUCAUCUACUAAAGAGAUUGAA